CUUUAUCACAAAGCCAAAAGCUAGAAAAGAAAAGAAACCGAGAAGACGAGAAAGAUCUUUUCGAAACAGAACAGAGAGACAGCAAAAAUGUAUUUCGCAGCUAUAGCUUCUUCACGACAAAGCUUUCAAUCAAACACUUUCAGUUUCCAAGACAGUUUUAAAUUCAGAUACAGUAAUAAACUCACUCGUCCUAAGUCAAUCUGUUGCAAGUCUCCACACCACGACGACGAAGAAACUGAUUCUUCCCGGAAACAUGAGAAACAGCUGGCGAAAUUGGCAGUCGCGACCUUAGCGGUUGGCGUUUUGGCUUUGGGAUCCGUUGGAGAUGCGUCUGCGGCUAAGAGCGGCGGAAGAAUCGGUGGUCAAGCGUUUCGGUCUUCAGCUCCUCGGCCUCCUCCUAGGAUAAACAACCGAUCGAGGACCAACAUCUACGUGAAUCCUCAGGUUGCACCACCUUUAAUCGGUGGCUAUGGAUAUGGCUACGGCGGUUGGGGAUGGUCACCGUUUUCUUUCUUUGCCCCUGGUCCUGCGGUGGCAGUUGGUGGCGGUGGUGGCCUGGACCUCCUAGUUCUCUUCAUGUUUUUUGGGGCCGCUUCAGCCGUGGCCAGAAACUUUUUCCGAUCAAGAAAUGAAGAAGACGACGAAGAUGACUAUUAGGGCCGGGAAAGAAUAAAAUCAAAGAGGCAUGUGUUAUUACAAACAUAGUCAAAUAUACCAUUUGUGUUAAAAGUUAUGAUGAAACAGACGGUUUGUAAACCUUGAGAUUAGUAACUAAUUAAGACCAAUCCAAAAACUUAUAGCAAACUCAAAUUG